AUGGGAGAACAAGAAGAUAUAUCGCUGCCUAAAGCUACGGUGCAGAAAAUCAUUUCAGAAGUACUGGAGAGCGAUUUGACGUUCAGCAAGGAAGCCCGCGAGAUCAUCAUCGAGUCCGGCAUUGAGUUCAUCAUGAUCCUGUCAUCCAUGGCGUCGGAGAUGGCCGACAAAGAAGCCAAGAAAACGAUCGCUCCCGACCACGUUAUCAAGGCGCUACAGGAGCUGGAGUUCCACGACUUCAUCCCUUAUCUGGAGCAGAUCCUUGUCGAACACAAGGAAACGCAGCGCAUCAAAGAACGCCGCGACGCCAAAUUCAAAAAAUCAGGGCUCUCGGAGGAGGAGCUGCUUCGACAGCAGGAAGAGUUGUUCCGCCAGUCUCGGUCUCGGUUUCACCAAACAGGGUCCUCCGGGGGCGCAGAUGGUGACCAGGCCGUUUCGGAGGACGCCGCGGGCGAGCUUUCGCCUUCCGAGUCUAUAAAAGCAGAAGAAGAUUAA